ACCACUUUUUUCUGUAAAACUUUCUUUGAGAUUUGGGGAAAAUAGAAGAACAAGAAGUAACAAAAAGUCUAGUCCUUUUCUAGUUUUUUGGGUUUUUGUUUCUUGGGAAAAGGAGUUUUAAGUUUUUAGUAGUUGGUGUGAAUAAGUGUGAAGUUGUUUUUUUUUGUCCUUGUGUUUUGUCCACCGCCCACCGACACAUUGUUCUUGAAGAAGAAAGAAACACCAUUUAUUUAUGUUUUUUUACUUAUACUCUGCACUGCAUUUAUUCUUGAAGAGAUACCUCUUUAGUCAACUAAAUCUUUUAACAAAGGAUAAUCUCGUCAAGAAUGUAGCUCAGUUCUACUCAGUCUGCAUUUGAAAGUUGAGACAAAAAACAACUGAAAGACGUAAAAUGGCCGAUCCAACACUAAACCGGGCCACAUUAAGGAACAAGUUUGAAUUGGAGAAAUUUCGUUCCAAAGUUGUAAAAGGUGUACCCGAGAUGGAAUCAUCACCGUCAAACUGUAGCCAAAAGCAAAAGGCUGCAGAGAUUGAAGAGCUUGUUAGACACAUGAAGCAUUUACCAAGUUAUCUUGAAAGUGGAAAACCGAUUCCAGAUAGAGCUUUGAGUUUUGGAGUCAUGGACUGGGCCCGUUUAGAGAAAUGGCAAAAUAAAUAUCAUAAAAAUGGCCUUGUUAGAAGUAACAAAUGGUCACCGUCUAGCAGCAAUUCUUCUUCAUUGUUUUCAACUGAUGGAUCGUCUCCUCGAUCUAGUAGAGAUCGAAGCUGCUCCCCUGCUCGUCAAAAAGGUCAUCGCAUAACUCUACAAUCUCAUUUUGAGGCGUCACCUAAAGAAGAUUUCACAGGAAAUGCCGACAAUAUUCAACUUCAAUAUUUUCAAGAUCUUCGAAACCAGUCCAAGUCCAUACUUGUUACGGAAAGUUUGGACACACCACCAUCAUCAUGUUUGAAGGGUAUGAUAAAGAAUCGAGGCAAGACUGAAAAUGAACUAGAAAAGGUUCAAGAUUCAUUGUGUAGAACCCGCUAUGAUCAUUACCCCGAAAAGCAGGAAAACGGUAACAACAAUCUAAAUCCAGGCAGAAUUCAGACCGAAGCUGCCAAUAGGAAAAAUGCACGAAGGAUACUUGACUUUUCUAGAAAUCAAGGCAGCCCAUCUAGAAAUAAAACCCCAGAAAGAAAAAGAUCUGGUUCUUCCGAUAAUCCAGAUCUUAAAACGACCAAUAAUUCAGUUAGUAAACCAAGAAGUAUAUCCCCACUUCGUCGUUUUAGCUUCAGCCUAAGUACUAGCUCGAAGCCAGAGUCUUCGACUCCUCAAAGUUCGACCAUGGAUACUGAACGGGCUCAUUCAAGUCCACUAAGGAGGUUAUUAGACCCAAUCUUCCCGUCAAAGACACAUCAAUUUGUUGGCACGGGCCAUGAAGAUUCUAGAACAAAAGCAAAAGUGAAACUAGAUUUUAAAAAGGAAACGCAGGUUGAUGAUGUGCCUUCACAAUCAUCAAGGAAACAAGCUCUUUUCCAGACAACUGUUAAGAACGACCGACUUUUGUUUACAUUUGCAGUUGAAGAUAACAAGGAAAUACUUGCAGCUACAGUAACAAGUUUGAGUCCUUUAGGGAAAGAUGAUAACAAGAACUUGCUUUAUACAUUCUUCACUGUUCACGAAGUGAAGAAAAAGAAUGUCAGUUGGUUAUCUCAGGGGAGCAAAAGCAAAGAUAAUGGUUAUGUCCCUAAUGUAACAGCUCAAAUGAAGGUUACAAAUUCUCAUUGUGACACUCGGGAAUUUGUUUUAUAUGCUAUGAAUUCAAAUGUCCAGCCACAGGAUGAAAUGGAAGCCAUCGUCGUGAAGUUUCCAAGAAAGGUAAAUGGUGACAAUAAUCAAGAAAGUUUUAGUACAACGGUUAUUUUACCUGGUGGUACUCAUGGUGUACCAAGUAACGGAAAACCGACACCCCUGAUUGAUCGAUGGCGAUCUGGUGGGGGGUGUGAUUGUGAAGGAUGGGAUAUUGGGUGCACGUUAAAUACUCUUUCAAAGCCGUUGCAGUCUACUGAAUCAAGAUCAAAUAAAGUUCACACGAGUUUCUGCUCGUUUGAGCUUUUCUUUCAGGGAGAAGUUAUGAACAAGAAACCAAGCUUCAGACUCUCGACACUGAAGGAAGGUAUAUUUUCUAUCGACUUCAAUUCAUCACUGUCUCCUCUACAGGCCUUCUCAAUAUGUAUAUCAGUUGUAGAAUCACAGAAGUUGUCUCAGAAUAGACAACGCAAAAUACACAUUCACGGGGAGGCUCCUAAAAAAUACACCCCAAUUCCGGGUAUUAAGAAAAAUACAGUUGGUAAGAUCAGUGCUUCAUAAUAAUUAUGUAAUUAUGUACGGUUAUCAUAAUUGGGAUACCCACAUUCUUGAUUAUGUAAAUUAUGUAUGAUAUCUAGUGUGAGGUUGAAACUAAAGCUUUGUUUGGUGUCUUUAGUUCCAUCUUUCAUGAUUUCGUUCGAUAACGAGUAACGACCCUUGUUUGAAUAGAUCAUGUAACUAUCGAGGAUGACUAUCAUAAACUAAGCUUAUAUA